AUGUGGAGUGUUGUCAGCGUGGAAAGAAGGAAGGAGGGUGACAAGACAAGACAAGACCUCGACCUCGACGGAGCAAAGACGCACUGCACGACAUGGGCACCGGCACCAGCACCGGACUGGAAGGCCCUUGGCUUGACUGUCGGCUACAAAGUAGCGGAAGCACUCAUGAAGCCCAUUGUCGCCGCUCCGGCAAUCAGAUGCUCGUGCUACCACCUCAACUGCCUCCCUCCUCGCAGUCAGGACAGCCCUCAUUCAUCCCAGUUACCAAGUCCUUCCAACCGGGGUCAUCGCCGGUGCCCGGAAGGCCCUCAUCGCAACGAGGAAAUGGCCCUUCUACUGGCAAUCAUCACCUAUGCCUUCUCGUUGUUCGCCUCCAUCUCCCACGGCAACGCCUACAUCAUCGACAGCUCUUGCCAUGGCAGCAUCGACAACCUCAACGCAGUCAUAAAAUCCACCUUCUCUCUCGUCUCGGCCGCGCAAAGCCUGCUCUACCUCAACCCCGUCAGAGAACUGCAAGCCCACGGCAAACAAGUAUACGACGCCAAAAUCGACGCAAUCAAGUUCAUCAUGCCCGAGAUCCUGACAAACGGCCAGCCCGACACUGCCAACAGCUACUGGCGGCAUGCCGACAAGGUUCUUGAACAUGUGCUCCUCCUCGGCAAACCAUUCCGCCGCGACUCUUCUUCCGCACAGGAGACCAGUAGUAGUAAGCGCCGGAAACUCGAGCACCCGCAAGACCCGGGGGCAAGGUCGAACAAACCAGCCGACCAACCCGACUGGGGCAUCUACAGAGACGCGGAUCCGAACGAGGUGGUCAUCUUUUGCAACCAGAACCACUUCACUAGACACAUGACCUGCGCUGGAAAGCCUUCAGCCACGUUGUCUUGCGAUCGAACCAUCCAACUAGAUUUCCACGAGGACUUAAUCAAGUACGACGAGUGUCAAUAUGACUCAAAGAACAACCCCUUGAAAGUACUCGCCUAUGCAAGAACGUUUGACAAGUUCUUAGCCAAAAGCCCGUGGGCCAACCACAUCAUUCUAUGCGCAAAAACGAUGGAGAAAAUAGAGCGCUCGGAAAUAGACGAGGAAUCAAAGCGAGACGCCCUGCCGACCAGGGAGGAGAACGGCGAGGCAACAUACGCCGCGAAUCCCGCAAUCGACAUGGCUACAUCGCCAGCCUCGACCCUGUUUCAUGAACUGACACACGUGGUUGACAAGAAGUAUCGGACGGAGCAUGGAUACUUUGAAGAUGGGGGCUAUCGUUGGCAUGGCAUUAGGAAAGCUGUGCUGGAGAGGUUGAGUAACCGCAACGCCGACAGCUACGUGUAUCUCGGCCUUGCAGCGAGGUUGAUUUCCCCGCCCUCGCCGGGUCGCAAGCUUUUGAAAAUCCUCAGAGAUGGGAAUUUUGCCGUCGUAAAAGCAGCCAAGGGUAAACAUAAAGGAGGAAAGAGGAAAAAGAGGGCCAAGGUGUCGAGGCCAAGGAAGAAGGCAUGGGAAGGGUAA